CGCGGAACGGAGGAGGCGUGUCUUGCUGACGAAGUACGUAUCUUUGUAGGAUUGCUUAGCUAGGCUGCUAGGCUGCUGCCCAGCUGUGUUCAAUUCUCUUCUCUUCUCACAGUCAAGAGUUGGCUCAUUUGGUUCUUUUCUACCACUUCAAUUGCUUUCACGUGGAGCCGACUGUCGCCGUCCGCAUUAUCUGCUUGUUCGUACGGCCCCGCGAAAGAAACGCGUACGCACGAGGAGUAGAGAAGCAAGAUGCUGAAGGGAUGGCUGGGAGGCUCGAAGAAGCCGCUGGGUUCUACGCAGUCUCUCAGUGCGCUGGAUGAGCAGGCUCAGAUUCAAGAUGCCUUGGCUGCUGUGUCCCUGAUCAUGAACGAUGAUGUGGAUGGUGCCGAAGCUGGGCUGGAUAAGGGCAGCUCGUCGUUCCAUAAGCUCGGAAAAAGCGUGAUAAUCUUCAUGCGGGCAACCCUAGGCUUCGAGCCAGAAGUCAUGCGCGCAGCGUCCGAAGCCCUCAAUGAAGCUGAGAACAGCGCAUAUGAGCACCAGCGAAAAGCUGCCCGAGAACCACACACCUACCGCUCGCCCAUAUAUCCGCCUGGAGCCGAAUACGCCGUGUGUCUCGCACAAGCACAAUUGAUGAGCGCGGUCGUCGGCGUGCUGAACGAGAGUUUGACAGAAAGCAUAAAAGGCUUUUACAAGCUCAGAAAGGCAUACCUGACGCUAGAGGGGGUUAUGGAGGCGGAAAGAAGGUACAUCAACGAUAGGAGUUCGAGUAGCGUUGAUUCUACUGCCACUGGGAGCACGACAAGCAGUAUACCUUCAUCUAGGCCUUCAACAAGUAAGACAGAGACGGGAAAGACAAGGACAUCGAUUGAUCGUGGCGCGAAUCCGACUCUGUCAUCCACCACUGUCGGUUCCAAAACUUCAAAGGAGGUCGAGAAUGAAAAAUCGCCGACUAUAGAAGGUGACGACGAAUUUGUCGAUGCCGAUGAAGCUCACGACGACCUUCCAACGCCAAAAGAGUAUAUUGGGCAUCUCGCCGUGGAAACAGCGGACGGGAAGACUAUAGAAAUCGACACUUCAUCAAAGAGUCCAGACCAGUCCUCUAGCGCCACUUCCGAUGCACCACCUUCGUACAGUCCCUCGUCAACCACCGACGACUUCGAGAAAUUGACUCUCCAAGACACUAUCAAGGAAACGACAGACAUCACAGCCUUUGGCACGCAUCCUGUAGACAUGUUCAUCGUCUCCGCUUCGAAUUUCUGCUUCGGUGUCCUUAUGCUCAUAAUUUCUCUCGUUCCUCCUGCGUUCGCCAUGCUCCUCAAGAUCGUUGGCUUCAAGGGCGACCGCGAACGCGGGAUCCAGAUGCUGUGGCAAGCCUCGAAAUUCAACAAUAUCAACGGUGCUAUGGCUGGACUGGUCCUAUUUGGAUACUACAACGGCCUGAAUGGCUUCUGCGACAUCAUCCCCAAAAGUGGCGAGGGAAGCUAUCCGAGACCGAAGUGUAAGGCACUGCUGGCCGAGAUGCGAGUGCAGUACCCUAAAAGCCAUCUUUGGUUGAUUGAGGAGGCACGCAUGAUGGCGACCGAGAAGCGGCUCGAGGAUGCGGUCGAGUAUCAAGCAAAGUCCGGUGAAAGUCCGCUAAAGCAGCUGGAGGCGCUGCAGUGGUUUGAGAGGAGUCUGAACACUAUGUACCUGCAUGGUUAUGAGGAUUGCUCAAAAGCAUUUCAAAAGUGCGUCGAGCUGAACAACUGGUCUCACGGGCUGUAUUACUACAUCUGCGGCGCCGCGCACGUUGAGCUCUACCGACUCAACAAGUCCACAAACCCUGAAGAAGCUAAACGCCAAGCAACCCUCGCACGCGACUUCUUAGCCCUCGUCACCAAGAACACGGGCAAAAAGCGCUUCAUGGCCCGCCAACUCCCCUUCGACACCUUCGUCAACCGCAAGAUCCAGAAAUGGGAGCAACGCGCCGCGGAAUGGAACUGCGACCUCCUCGACGCCGUCGGCGUCUCCCCGCUCGAGGAGAUGAUCUACUUCUGGAAUGGCUAUAAGCGUAUGCGGCCCGAGCACCUGGAGGUAAGCCUCCAGCGUCUUGCGUGGUCUGAAAGCGCCGAGAACACCUUCUGGGAGAAAGAAGCCACGGAUGAGAAGGCGAUCCUUGCGUUGCUGAGAGCUGCGACGUAUCGCGCGCUGGAUCAGACGGAUAAGGCGAGGGAGGUGUUGAAGGCGGAGGUGUUGAGCCAUGAUCGUGCGAUUUUCAAGGGCGGGAAUAAGGAUAAUUGGACGGCGCCGUGCGCGCAUUAUGAGAUGGCGGCGUGCUUGUGGCGGGAUAUCGAGCUCAACGGGCAGGAUCCGGCGCUGAAGAAGGAGGAGCUGACGGAGUGUGCGAAGUGGUUGGAGGAUGUGGUCAAUUGGGGUGGGUUUGAUUUGGAUGCGAGGAUUGGCAUGAAAGUUACGACGGCUAAGCAGACGUUGAGACGGUUUGGAGUUGGCACAGCGUAGGCGGUUUUGAUGAUUGAUGUCGGAACGGGUUUGGUACCUGCAUUUAAUGGCGUUUUGGGCUUCACUCCCGCAAGUCGUUGGAAGACGGGAGAGAUAGAUGACGGUACGAGUCUGUUACUUAUUACAUUUGGUAUCAUCCUCGGUUCGUAGGAUGAGCGAAAAAGUUCUCAUUACCUGCACUGCUUCAACAAGAGAAGUCUCUUCUACAUAGCAAAAUAAGCAAUACUGUUAUCAGAACAAC